AGCUGCAUAGACAGCAACGCCCAGACCAUCCAUCCAUUCAUCUGCACACUGCAGACCCCAUCGUAUGGCAUUAUAUACAGGGGUGCAUUUCUUUUGCGAAGCGUACCAUCUGUUGAAUUGCUAAAACUUUUUCCUCCCUCUGCCCCCAUGCCUAACGAGCACAUCAGCAUCAUUGCUAAGGACUGCGUUUUUAUUUAGUGUGGAUGGUUUACCUCAUUGUGGCGAAAGGGCUGGUCACUGGGCACUGUUGGUCUAUGCUCUUAAUUGAGCUCAUCUAGAUUAUAGAGCACCCUCUUCAGGUAUUGAUACUUUUACUGAAAAUAUUUGUGUGGCCUGAAAAGGAACCCGGACUCCUCUGAAUUCCUUGUAGUAAGAGGUAUUCAACUGAACAAAGACGAGAGACCUCAACAGUUCGCUGGGACGGGGGGGUUUAGACGAUGACCGAGUACAAGCUGGUGGUGGUGGGUGCAGGAGGUGUUGGGAAGAGUGCAUUGACCAUCCAGCUUAUACAGAACCACUUUGUGGAUGAAUAUGACCCCACCAUAGAGGAUUCCUACAGGAAACAGGUGGUUAUCGACGGAGAAACUUGUCUCCUGGACAUCUUGGACACUGCUGGCCAAGAGGAAUAUAGUGCUAUGAGAGAUCAAUAUAUGAGGACAGGAGAAGGAUUCCUUUGUGUAUUUGCCAUCAACAACACCAAAUCAUUUGAAGAUAUUCACCAGUACAGGGAACAGAUAAAACGGGUCAAGGACUCAGAUGAUGUGCCCAUGGUGUUAGUAGGAAAUAAGUGUGACCUUCCUGCCCGGACAGUGGAAACGCGUCAAGCUCAGGACCUAGCGAGGAGUUACGGGAUACCUUACAUUGAGACAUCUGCAAAAACAAGACAAGGCGUAGAGGAUGCCUUUUAUACAUUGGUGAGGGAGAUCCGACAGCAUAAAUUACGAAAGCUGAACCCUCCUGAUGAAAGUGAAAAGGGGUGUCUGAACUGCAAGUGUGUUGUGUCCUGACCAAGGUUGAAUGGUCAUAGCCUAACCUCAAAGUAUUUCCCUGAUCUGCUCCCAAGAAAAUGGCAGACACAACGGUGGAUGACCCUUUAGAAGAUAUGCAAGACUGUGGCCUGUCAAAGACACCUCCCAAGACUCUGACAGGCUCAUUCUGGGGCUUUGUUGAUAUCUAGUAAUUUCUGUUGUCUUCUGAAUAUGUCAGCCAGCAAAUGGGUUAAUGAUACCACAGGUCUACAUCCUAGAACAAAAUGGUUAUUGUCACUUUUUUGUCCGAAAUGGACCUUUUCUCAGAAAUCAUUUGCAGCUCUAAAUAUGGGUGGAUGUCCAAAGUAAAUCUCUAAGAAUAACUAUGCUCUAUUCUGGCCAAUGCAUGACAUUGGAUUUGUCAUAGUAUAGGUUUCCAAACAUUUGCAAAUAGUAUAGGUUUUCCACCAUUUGAUGCAGCAGUAUUUAGCCAGAGUGUCUUGUGUGUAAUUAUCUGUACACGCUAGGCCUCCCCAACUUGCUUUUCUCUAUCUUUAGCAGCAUAGUGAUGCAAAUGGAAUGUCAGUGACUACUACUAAAAGUAGUAGGAGGUUUAUAAUAUAUAUGUGGAGGCAAUCUGUCAAAUGAAUUGUAAAAUGUUUUAACAUUCAAGCCCUGUUUUUAUAGUUAUGACACUUCCUCAGGCCCUAAUCUUCAAGGCUGCUGGUUGAAAUAGUCUAGCUCUUAACUGCUUUGCUACCUAGAUAUAA